AUGCCCGAUUCCCUUGCUAAACACAUCGAGGUUAUUUCAAUCAAUGACUCCAAGGAGGAAGACCAGGAGCCAGUAGUACCACAUGAGCGACAGGUGGUUGAUGACGUGAUUGCUAUUUGGAGAGAGGAUCCUUCUACCGAAUCUGCAAGUAUCUCCAAGCUUCAUGGUAUUGUAAAACAGCGGCACCCGAAUUGGUCUGUUUCUGAAAAGAGAAUUAAAACUUUGCUUAAGAAGUUCGGACUAUCCAAUAAUGCUAACCAGCAGUUUAAUUAUGCUGGAGAAAUCUCUUCUGCAUCCGACCCAAACUUGCAAUUACCUGAAAAAGUGAAGGUGAUCAUGACUACUAAGAGAGGAAAGGGAUUAUACGCCAAGUCGAACAUAGCAAAAGGAACCUUAAUCUGGGAAGAGAAGCCGUUUUUUUUUAUUCCACCGUUGGCAAACUUGAAGUUAAUCAAAAGCGGUAAAGCCUGUACUUAUUGUGGAAAAUUAUUGACCAGUGCAAGAAGCUCUUCAGGAGUGUCCAUGCUACGAGGUUUGGAUUGCACAGGUUGCCCAGAACUCUGGUGUUCUAUGAGCUGUAAGAAAAUGAACGGAACGUUGCAUGCUUCAUUGAAACAUCUAUCUAAAGGCCGUAAGAGUGCACUCAACCCCGAGGCAUUCUUAGACCUUGAGGAAUACUGCAUUAAGGAGCAAUGGAAUGCUUUAUUUGCCAUAACUUUGAUGUUUGCUGAUAUUGUAGAAGACAAGAGUGGUGAAAAGUUGAAGUACGUGAAAUCCAUGGCGAGAGUAUCACAAGCCACCAGAUACAAAGCAUUGGAGUCAUCGGCAGGGUCGUUUGACAGUCUCACAGGGGGUGCUUUAUUUGUUAAAGAACAGCAAGAGAAUUUGUGGAAAGAGGGAUUUUCCAAGUUUUCCAAGGUUUUCCCCAAGGCUACUAGCGAUGGAACUGUGGACUACAAUGAGUAUUUAACGUUGUUGGGAUCUUACAAUAUCAACAAUUUAGAUUCAUGUGUUUUCCGGAUUCAAUCACACUUGAAUCAUACUUGCAAUCCUAAUGUAGAUGUCGAAACCUCUCCAAAUUCAAGAUACGAGGGAAUAAAGGUUUUUGCAGCUAAAGAUAUAAAAGCAGGGGAAGAGCUUAGCACUACCUACGUGAACCCAAAUCACACAGUUCUUCAGAGACAGAGAGAGUUAAGGGCCAACUGGGGAUUUACAUGUAGCUGUAAUAAGUGCAAGGAAGACUUGAAGGCUCAACACCGUCGGCAAUCUAGCACAGCUAGUGGUGGCUCUGAGAAAAAGGCAGAUAUCAGAAAGAUGCUAAAUGAAACAAGGGAAGAACUUGACGGUGAAAGUAUAGAACUUGAAAUUCCAAAUGAUCAUAGCGGGGAAAGGAGGAAGUCUGUAAGAUUUGAUGAAAAGGUUACUGUCAGCAGUUGA